UUAGCUUUCCAUAGAUCUUGAUUGACACGGUGACAAAAAUGGCAUCAUCCGGAGCUCAUUUAGGUUUCUCGACCUCCAAAUUACUGCUGAUUUUCACGCUUUCUAUUGGAGUGAAAGCAGUACUCUAUGAACCGACUGGCGAUGUCUUUGUCCUGGAUGAUUCGAAUUUCGCAAAUAAUGUUUUCAACUCUGACAAAAUCUGGUUUGUCGAGUUUUUCUCGAGCUGGUGCGGGCACUGUAUCAAUUUUGCUCCUACGUGGAAGUCUUUCGCGAAGGAUUUGCUGGAUUGGAGACAUGUUGUCAACGUAGCUGCUAUAGACUGCUCAAAUAAGAAAAAUACUGAGGUAUGCAGGAAACAUGAUGUUCAUGGAUAUCCUUCAUUGAAGUGCUUUUUUCCAUUUACAAAACCGGAAAACAUGACGGGUGUCAAACUACACAGAGGUGGUAGAGAUGUGCGGGCUUUGAGGGAGUAUGUGGCCGCUCAGAUUGAGGAGGAAGCUCAGAAACCCCAUCGUCUCAAGCCCUGGCCAGAUCUACAACCAGCAGAAGCACCUUGGGUGAGUGACUUCUUCACUCAUCAUCCUAAUCAUCAGUUUCUGGUGAUCAUCUUUCAAGGUACUGACAACUUCAUGGGAAAAGAGAUCAUCUUGGAUGUUUCAAACAUUGAGAAGGUAGAGGCAAGAUGGAUGAGGAAAGCAGAUAACCCUCUUAUCGAGAAAUGGGGUGUGGACUCGUUCCCCUCGGCAUACAUCCUAGACCGCUCAGGAGCCCCUACCAAGAUUGUAGGAACCGACAGGGGCAGCUUCAGUGCAGCCAUUAAGCAACACAUCAAAGACAAUGCAAACAAACAACCCCCAGUCGAACAAAUCCUUGAUGAUACCAACCAUUACCAUGGUGAUGAGAUGCUGAAAAAGGAGCAUCUAUUGGGACCAGGAGGAGUGGUUGGGAAGGUCAUCAAGAGCGAGGGAGACAACAUCGAGAGUGACUUUGAUGGGAGGGACGUGGACGAGGAUGGGAAUUUGGAGAUUAAGGAGAAAGAGAAGGAGGAGGAAGAGAAGAAGAACGAGAUGGGGCUCAGUCUGCUCUUGAGGCCAGGCGACAAGGGAUUCGUGGAGAUGAAUAAAGGAGGAAGAGGAGAGAAUGAUGGAGGGAACGCAGGAGAGGAGGAAGAAGGACAAGGCGGAGGAGCGGAAGCAGGGAGAGAGAAGGAAGCGGAAGGGGUGGGGAUACUACGGGAGGAGGUGGGAGGUGCCGGAGUCGGGCUCGAUGAUGUAGGAGUAGAUGAAGGACUGGUAGGGGAUGAAGGAGAGGCUGGUGAAGAAGGAGGAGAAGGAGGAGGAAAGCAGAAGAUGAUGUGGAACAAAGUGCUAGAGAAGAACAAAGAGAAAGCAUUGCAGAAGAAGACCAACGUCAGGAUGAGCGAUCAGAGGCCUAGUGAGUGGCCUAAAGUCUACAUGCUGGAUCUCGAGUCAGCCAUCCAGUACUCACUCCGUCAGGAGGUGUCUCUGCGCAGUCACAUAGAAGGGGAGGAACUCCAGGCUCUAACCAACUACGUGGGUGUCCUCAGCAAGUAUUUUCCAGGGAGACCUGAGGUGAUGUCCUUUUUGUCCACCAUCCAUCAAUGGUUGCUUGAGAAGGAGGGCACCAGCAUACCCAUACAAGAAUGGUUGACCCUCGUUGACCCAACCAAGGAACCAGGGAUUGGACUCCCUGAUCGAGUGGAAUGGAUUGGAUGUCGUGGCAGCGAGCCUCAGUUCCGUGGUUACCCCUGUGGCCUCUGGACGCUGUUCCACACUCUGACUGUCUCUCAGGCUUCACUAAUCAGGAGAUAUGAUAAUGUCAGCUACAUGGAGGUUCUGCAUGCCAUGAGGGGCUACAUCCUCGCUUUCUUCAGCUGCCAGAACUGCCGAGAGAACUUCCGUCACGAGGUCGCUGACCUGGACGACUCCAUCACCUCCCUCGACAGCGCCAUCAUGUGGCUUUGGCAGACCCACAAUCACGUCAACAAGCGUCUCCAUGGCGACCCCUCGGAGGACCCCACCCACCCAAAGCAGCCUUUCCCCUCCCGGACUAUAUGCGCUUCCUGUUACGCGAGCACCAACGUAGAGUUGUGGGAAGAGAGGAGGGUUCUUCGAUUCUUGAAGGACUACUAUGGGUUACGGAAUUUCGCGUUCAAGGGAAUCCACGCCUCUAACAGCGGAGCCGCGGACGACACGGACAUGGGGACCCGCGCCACCCUGAACCCUGAGGGCGUUAAGCAGGAUGUUUUGAAUCACUUGCGGCAGAGGGAGAUGAGUAUUCGGUUAGCGGUUGGGACGAGGAGAGCGGGGUACUUUGGUCUCGGGAUCAACGGGGUGGACCUCAGCAUGUGCAUGGUGCUGAAUGUCAGCUGCGUGAUGCUCAUAGUCUGCGUUUACUUCGUCCUGGUAUGGAGGAGGAGAAGGAGAAAGAGGCUCCUGCCUCGAUGAUGAACCUUCUCUCAUUUUCUUUCGCACUCUUGGAGAGUGCCGAAACCAGAGACAUGAUUAAGACAUUUUUGCUAUUUAUUUACACUUGAGGGGAAUGAUAACCUGUGGUGAAGUGAGACCAAAGUCGGAUGAAAACCGAGGGUUAUGUUACUCGUGUUCGACAGGUUAAAGUAUCGUGGUGCAAUUUGAAAUAUCCUUUGUAAGGUCAGUUUGUUACUUUGUGGUCAAUAUCUUCUCUUUGUAAGUAUGUGGUAAUUCCAUGGUAAUGAAAUGAUGCAAAAACACUGUUUCUCAGCCUUUAAUUUGCUUCUCAGAAAUGUAAGAUUCCUAUUCCCCAAGUUUAAAACAUAGAUAUCUGUGGUUGGCCUAUCAAUUUGAUGGCUACAUUUUUUUCUUCCCCUGACAGAAACAUUAAUUUGUUUCCGUCAUGAAGUUGAUGUCCAGGUUAGGUAUUUUUUAUGACAAAUUUACCAAUGGGAUAAAGCAUUUUUGGUCCAUUUACACUCUUUAAAGUUCAUUUAUGACAAUUGUCACAAAAAAGGGAUGUCCCAGAAGGGGUUAAACAAUUAUCCACAAAAAAAUAAUGUCUCCAUAGCUUCCAUAUCUUAUAAGUUAUAAUGAUUGUUAUCUGUGGUAAUAGAUUGCCAUUAAGAAGUCUUGAUGAUAAUCGUGAUAGCAACAAAUAAUUGGUUGUUACAUUUUGUUGUUGAUUUUUUUCCUGAAAAUUAUACAGGGUUGCAGAUUUUCGCCCAAAGUGGGAUUCUGCAAUGUGCCCCGCUUGGUUUCAAGAAACUGCAAUAACAAUCAUGAAUAUAAAUUUAUAACAAUAAUAAUAACGGAUAAAAGACAGAAGAAAAUAAGUACAUACAUGUAUACAGAUUCGUUGGUAUCCUCCUAAUAAAUGUGGACCUUUUCAAGAUAAUACUGACUUGCAUAUUUGUAAUAUCAUAUACAUGUGUAGAUGGUAAUCUGUUUUUAAAUCGGGAGAAAUAUAAAUAUUAAUUUGUAAACAUGUUUAUUUUUGAAAAUAGCCUCAUAUAGUUUACGGAAUCUCAUAAACAAAGCAGAAAGUUGAUCUUGGCUCACAUAGAUUCACACUUGAGAUACCAACAUUUGAGAUUGAAUUUCUUGUUAAAUAAUAGAAAAUAAUUUAAAUGACUAUAUUGUACAUGCAUUGUGAUAAAAUCUUUCUUUGAUAAGUAUUCAACUUAUGGCUAUUUAUUCUUAAUCAACUUUGUCGGUGCAGUAAUCUUAUAUCUCAAUCAAACAAUUUAAAUGUUGAGAAAUAGUGUUUUUUUUCUCUCUAAUCUUGGAAAUGCCUAACUUGUACAGUUUAGAUAGUUAAAUGAUAAACCUAACAGUUAUAUUUGAAUCUACUUACAUUAGGUUACAAGAUCUGAAAUGCUUGUGAAUAUGAUUCAGACUUUUAUUUUCUUAUUUUAAACUCAUUGUUCACUCAUUUUCUUGUAUAUGUAAUGAUUUCUUUCCCUUGCCUGUAUUUUAUUUUUGUUUAUUUCGAUGUGAUAUUUAUUCCACACACUUUGGAUUGAAAUGUCAUUCAAUGUAGUUUUAUCAUUGAAAAUGUUCUUAGAUGGCGUUUUAGUCAUUAUCGGAUUCUUAUGGUUGUUGUUUAGAUGUUGUUGAAAAAUAUGUGCGAGAAUGACUGCUAUGUGGUAAAUAUGGAUAAUAUGUUCCCAAAGACUUUAUAGAUAUCAACUCGA